AUGCCACACAAAGUCAACGACUCCAAUUCCACCCUGGCCAGCAAAGCCAGUAGCGGUGACCAACUCAUAGUCCCAGAUAUCCGCCCCAAUCCCGUCCGCAAACCCCCCGUCAUCAUCCACAACAAAGGCGGCCAGACCUACGACGAGACUCGGCCGUCCGACUGGGACAAACAACGCUGGAAAUAA